AGUCAUCGGACCAUCCCCCUGCGAGCCCACAAACACACCAGUCUGCGUUGUAGAAAACCCUCUCACUCAAACAGCAGCAGCGGUACUGGCAGUACGAUCAAGGCCCUUCCUUCAGUCUCCACAGGCAAACUCCGUUUUCACACCGGCUGCCUACUCCAGGCAUGGCUGACGGCUGUACCCAGUCAUGGCACUGCGACAUUACACCCUCGACUUCAACCUCUCAGCGCCAGCUGACUGUCCUUCGACUGUGCGUGGGCUGCAGUCUAUAUUUCAAGAGCAGGAAAUGACAGAGACUGUCCAUGACACUGAGGGACAUGGAUACCUUGCUACCUUCAUUGGCAAGAAUGGCAGGUUGGUUAUUCUGCGUGUGCACUCCCAAGGUCUGGUUACCGUUGAUCUGCAGUGUUGUGAAGGAGAUAACAUUGCACAAGUAGAUAAUCUUUUGAAUGCACUGGAAAAGAAGCUAAAAAGUCUCCUACAUGGAAACAUUAGGGGGGUCAAGAGGCUCCCAGCUCUGACACGAGGUGCAGCUGUUGAUCGAUACUGGCCCACAGCCGACGGCAGACUGGUGGAGUAUGACAUUGAUCGGGUUGUAUACGAUGAGGACUCUGCAUACCAGAACAUAAAGAUCUUGCACUCACAGCAGUUUGGCAAUAUCCUGAUCCUCAAUGGGGAUGUUAAUCUGGCAGAGAGUGACCUGCCCUACACCCAGGCCAUCAUGGGCAGAGGGAAAGAGAACUAUACAGGAAAGGAGGUGCUGAUCUUAGGAGGCGGUGAUGGAGGAAUCCUCGCUGAGGCCGUCAAACUCAAGCCAAAGAUGAUCACCAUGGUGGAGAUCGACCAAAUGGUGAUUGAUGGGUGCAGGACGCACAUGAGGAAGGCUUGUGGAAGUGUUCUGGACAACCUGAAGGGAGACUGUUACCAGGUGUUGGUGGAGGACUGUGUUCCGGUUCUGAAAAAGUAUGUGGAGGAAGGGAAGACGUUUGAUUACGUCAUCAAUGACCUCACAGCAGUUCCUAUCUCCACAGCGCCAGAGGAGGACUCUACAUGGGAGUUCCUACAGCUUAUCUUGGAUCUUUCAAUCAAAGUACUGCGUCCUACUGGGAAGUACUUCACACAGGGAAACUGUGCAAAUCUGACUGAGGCACUGGCUCUCUAUGAGGAACAACUGGGAAGGCUCUCAUGUCCUGUGGAUUUUUCCAAGGAGGUGGUUUGUGUGCCCUCUUAUAUGGAACUGUGGGUUUUCUACACCGUUUGGAAGAAGUAAAGAGCUCCCUCUCUCCCAUUCAAGCCCUGCCUGCCGGAAUGUGAAAACUGUCCCCCCCACCCAUGAUCCGCUAUCGCACUGAGGGGCGAUAUGACCCCCCCCCCCCCCUCCGAAAAAAAACAAAAUCUCUACUCACAUUUUUUUUUUUUUCUUCUAAGUCCAACUCUCAAACUCUUUUUAGAUGUUGGUUUUAUAAUUUUAUGUCUAAACUUGCAAGAGAUUGUAUUUCUGUUAAUUGGAUAUUUUGAGUUGGGCUGUUUUUGCAUAUGUGCUCCAGGGAGAGCUGUGGGGCUGCUACCACUGGAUACACUGAAACCUACUGUAGAGGAUGACACAGCAUUUCUAUAACUGGUCCCAGACCUGUCUGGGCUUUAGACUUCUCUGACUAUAGCCUGGUUCCCAGACCUGUCUGUGCUUUAGACUUCUCUGACUAUAGCCUGGUCCCAGACCUGUCUGUGCUUUAGACUUCUCUGACUAUAGCCUGGUCCCAGACCUGUCUGGGCUUUAGACUUCUCUGACUAUAGCCUGGUCCCAGACCUGUCUGGGCUUUAGACUUCUCUGACUAUAGCCUGGUCCCAGACCUGUCUGGGCUUUAGACUUCUCUGACUAUAGCCUGGUCCCAGACCUGUCUGUGCUUUAGACUUCUCUGACUAUAGCCUGGUCCCAGACCUGUCUGGGCUUUAGACUUCUCUGACUAUAGCCUGGUCCCAGACCUGUCUGGGCUUUAGACUUCUCUGACUAUAGCCUGGUCCCAGACCUGUCUGGGCUUUAGACUUCUCUGACUAUUGUUGUCAUGCCAUACAUGUUACAUGUCUUAUACAUGUUUGAAAGGGCAACAAUACUCCUGAGGAGUUGCCUGAAGCUCCUAGAGAUCUGGGACCAGGCUAUAGUCAGAAGUCUAAAUCCCAGACAGGUCUGGGACCAGGCAAGUAUUGACACACUUUAUGCACCUGUCCCUCUGGGUUACUUUUCACAUUUGGGUUAUAAAAGCAGCACCAACAUAGAAUAGCUUUUGGGUUCUGAUUGUGUGAUAGAAUAUGUGCUCCCCAUAGUUUCAACUGAAUGUCUGUUUGUGUGGUUGUUUUUCCUCUUCUGUUGUAACUGUGGCGUGAGUGUGAUUUUGAUUACAGGUGCUUGUCAAGAUGUUGAAAAGGCAGUGUGACCCUGCCCAUUGAGGCUGAAGUGUCCGAACGUGUUUUUAAAAGGGAAAAGGGUCCUCCUUUGUGGCGGUUUCUUGCUUGUAAUGAUUUAUUUUUACAUACUUCGUUUUAAAUUGGUCUAAAAUUCUGUUUGGUGCAUGUGCUGGAAAAGGAAAGUUUUAUUGAAUGUAGCUUACCAUAUACACAGUGCACAUUCAUGCCUUUUGAUGAUUAUUGUGGUGCUUUGUUACAUUUAUUUAUUGGAUAUUAUUUCACCAAAUGCUGUUUUAUCCCACUGGAAAAAAAUGUAUGUUCAGCAGUAACUACCUGCUAUUAAAACGAGUUGGAGAAUAAAA